AUGAUUGUGGAUGAGUACUCCUAUGUCAAGACAAAGAGUGUCCCUUACUACCACGAGUUCGUGGUCGGCCUUGUUGCCGAUUCCAAGUGGCUCCUUUCAGGAACUCCUCCGUUGCAGAGUUUGAAGGAUGUCUGCAUGAUGGCCCGUAUUUUCGGCGUCCAUGUGGCUUCGCCUGAAGCUAAUCGAAUGCCAGGUUUGCCUGCCGUCACUUCAAAUGAGCCGACAGAGCAGACGGAACCUGAAAAGUUUCGAUCCUACGCAGCAAUCAAAUCGAUUGACUUCACGUACAAGCAGUAUGAGCAAGGGAUCAGCUUUGUCAAGAACUUUAUGAGCUGCAACACAGUUGAUUUCAACAAAUUCGCGCACAAAGAGCGGGUCAUUAUCGUCAGAAUGAACCUCGCAUCUAAGCUGAUGAACCUGGAACUCAAACAGGAGUUGUCCUGCAGUAACUCUGACAUCUACUGUAUGAGUGAGGCAGCCCAGGACGCCCUAGCGACCUACACUGUUGAGAAGGACAAGAAGAUGAAGGUCGUUUUAGCGAGUAAUGCGAUAGAAGCCCGCAUCAUGACUGCCUCAUGUAACUUGGAACACUUCAUGCACGGCAAAACUCUUGACAACUCUAAACAGACCUAUAACCCGACUGAAAUUCUCAAUAAACUUGCCGAGUAUUGCGUCAAAAACGUCCAAGACAUUGGGAAGCAGAUCAAGGCGACCUUUGACUUGAUGGUCUGGCUUCGGAAUAGAGUUCAUCACUUGAACACAAAACAGGGUCCCAAGCAACCUACCCGAACGGCCCCCCAGAUGGCUGAGGACGAGUCUGUUGAAGAACUCAAGGUUGCUUCCCAGUGGGACAAGCCGAAAACCAGCAUUGAGCUUGCGGACGAGACAUUCAACAAGCUGCUGAGACGGAAUGGCACGUACUCCGAGGAUACUUUUUUGCGAACAGUUGUACUGAACUGUCUUACGGCCGGAGAUGUCUCCGAGACUCUACCCGAAUGGACUCGGCCGGAACCCUCGCUGGAUAAUUGGGAUUUCAGCAAGAGCGGACGGGGAAGACAUUCUGCUCUGGACUAUUACACCAUCACAUCUGAGGAGCUUGAGCAGCUUUCUUCAGACGAGCUGCGCGAACUUUUCAUAGAUUCUGCCUACUGGAAGUCUCGUCAUGAUAAAGCACAAGAUUUGACGGGAAUGCAUUCCUGUCACGGAUUAGUGUUCCCAAGCAAUCAUCGAGAUGUAGACCCUCUUGUGCUGGGAAAAUGUCUCGAGCCAUUCAAGGGUCAAUUGACUGGUGAUCUUCCACCAGGUACAGCAAAGUCCAUGAAGGAUUUCAUUUUAGCCUGCUUGAAGGAGAAAGAGGAUGCUGCUAGUAUUGUUGAAGAGGAUAAGCUCACUGGCCUGCUCAAUAACCUGAGCAAAGAUGAACUCUUGCGCCAAUGCAGUAAGAGGGGUCUUAAGCCUACCACGAAGUCCAGGACCAACGAGCAUCUCAGGAAUCUGAUCAUCAGUCAUGAGAAAGGCGUUGCAUCUUUGGAUGACUAUCUGGAGCAACGAGCUCGUUCUGAGGGAGCGAGAAGAUACCCGAAGUUCGGCAACAGAGUCAAACGCAAUAAUAGCGAGACCGAAGCCUCUGUAGACGAUCUUAUGACAUUCUACGAACUUUUCCGUGACAGACUUGAGGCGUUCAUAGACGCAUUACGAAGAUACAAGUUCAUACUCUCCGUCAAGAGACUACAAAAGAGACAAGACGUCCCUCAAGGACACCAAGACGAUCUUUCAUGCGAUUUCUGUCAAGUCAAGAUUGAGGAUCUCGACCAAAGCUUCUUGUUGCCAAAUUGUGGCCACUUCCUCUGCCAGUCAUGCAAUAUGGUCAACCAAAGCGCCUCAAACUCGAGCAAGAUCUGCCCAGUCGGAGGUUGCAACACGAAGUGGCGUGCUGCUCCCGCUAUUCCUUGCUCGAAACUCCAUGAGCCACGACAUGCCAUCGAAAAUGCUGAAAUCGACAUCAGGGAGAGCAACAAGAUACAGGCAGUAAUCAGCUACAUCAAGAAGACCCCUGCAGAGGAUCAUGUUGUAAUCUUUGUGCAGUUCGACGUCCUGAGACAUCAAAUGUCAUCAGCUCUGAAAUCCCAUGGCAUCACUUUCCUGGGCGGGCAAGAGGGCAGUCUGACUUCGAAUGAUCUUGAAAAGUUCAAGCAGGGAGGUGCAAAGGUCUUACUUCUAAGACUUGGGCAGGUUGAGGCUGCGGGAGCUAACCUCACAAUUGCGAAUCAUGUUCUCUUUCCAUCUGCUUUGCAUGAAGCUGAUGAUCAUGAAUUUGAAGUUAUCAUGAGGCAGGCCAAGGGUCGUUGUCUUCGCCGGGGUCAGAAGAAGUUUGUCCAUAUCCGAUACUUUAUUUGCGAGGACACAAUAGAGGAGGAAAUAUGGUCUAAACAGGGCAAAGUUUCGAUGUCAAAUGUCGAGGAAGCUUCCGGAGCACGUGGCAACUCAUCCCGGUUGGAAGGUGGUGGACACCCCGGAGACCGCACAACAAGUGCUUCCCCCCCGCGUGAGGAGAAUCCAUAUCCCUUCGUCGUAAAUGGCCAGGUUCCCAAGAAGGUAAAUCGUUCUCCCCGAGGCAAUGAAAAGAGCACGGAUAUUGAUACCGACAAGGGUCAAUACAUUGGCCGCGCAGCCGAGUUCUCCAAGCAGCCCGUGGAAGCCGGCAAGAUCCGUAUUUCUCGAGAGAAGUUCAUCGCGUCUGAGAAUCGUCUCGCUCAUAAUAACCCGUCUUCGCCCUCAGAAGAGGAUGAUGAUGAUGAGUACGAUGACGAUGACGAUAACGAUAACGAUAACGGUAUAGCGAACCAUGAGGAUCGCAGCGGAGCAGAAAACGUCGAUGAGGACGACGAGAUGGACGCCAAUGAGAGCGAUGCCGAUGAGGACAACGAGAUGAACGCUGAUGAGAAUAAUGCCGAUGCGUACGGUGUCAACGAGGUUAAUGAAGUCGAGAACCGGGGCCAUCACUCUUCGGCCGGCCUCGUUGGUUGGCCCCUACGCAAUGAGUAUGACCCUGAUUUUGUUCCAUCCACAUCUGAUGAGGCAACGGCUGCCAGCAUGCCAGCCAGACGGUCAUCGCGUGUGCGUGGGCAAACCGAGUACUUAAAUAUGACGAGACCGGACGAUGCCUUUUGGGAUGAGAUGGUUAUCGAUGAGGAUCAUGACGCCGGUCAUCACCACGACCACGAUCAUCACAGUGCCCAGAACCCUAUCGCCAGGAAGAAGCUUCAUCGUCCCAUUGUUCAAAACCCCGUUCCUCUGGACCAGAGAUGUUCUCACUGCGCCAAGGAGGGGUGGGAUUGCGAUGGUGGUCAUCCAUGCAGCGGAUGCAAGGGUAUGCAGACCAGCAAGAAGAACCCAGGAUUCGCACACAAAAUGUGCAAUUACGACCAAAAGGUGUAUGUCCAGCCAUCCAUCAUCAAUGUGCCAAAGGACUUCAAGGGCGAUCGCCGGGAUCGAGGCUACACCGAUGACACCUACACUCGACGCGUCGGCUGCGCAAGUUGCAAGUAUUCACAUCAACCAUGUGACGGCUACGCCCCUUGCGCUCGAUGUAUCAGGAAGUGGAAGUUGAGGAAUCUCGACGGAUCGCAGCGCGAGACUGAUCGCGAGACCGCUGCGGACUGGCGUGAGGUGUGCUGGCCAGGCACCUACGGCCAGUUCGAAUCCUACCUGAGCGGCUCGGGGGGGCGAGCUGCCUCUCCGGAGCAGCGGUUCUACAAUUAG